AUGUAUAAUUAUUCCAUUUUCCACUCUCCGGUUGAUGAAUUAAUCAAACAACAUUUAUUUCUUGCUGUUCUGUUCUGACUAUAAAUAUAUAAUUCUAUAUCUUAUGUCAAUGGAAUAUACUAUUAAUAAUUAAUAGUGGCGAUUAAUAUCAAGAAGAUUACAAUGUAUUUUUUAACUCCUAGUAGUACUUAGCUUAUAAUUCAAGCUAACCGAGGAAGUGCUUUUCAAACCCUAUAUUUAGAUUCAGGUGUUAAUCUAUAUUUUCAUUCUACUAUACAAAUAAUUGCUUUUCUGGAUCAAUUUAGUAUUACUUUUGCAGUUAAAAGGAAAUGGGGAAUCUUUUGUGUUGUGUGCAAGUUGACCAAUCAACGGUGGCUAUGAAAGAAGGUUUUGGAAAAUUUGAAAGGGUGCUUCAGCCAGGAUGUCAUUGCAUGCCAUGGUUCCUUGGAAAACGCAUUGCUGGUGAACUCUCUCUUCGGGUACAACAAUUGGAUGUAAAAUGUGAGACCAAGACAAAGGACAAUGUCUUUGUCAAUGUUGUUGCUUCUAUUCAAUAUCGUGCCUUGGUAGACAAGGCCAAUGAUGCAUUUUACAAACUUAGCAACACAAGGGGCCAAAUUCAAGCUUAUGUUUUUGACGUAAUAAGGGCAUAUGUUCCAAAACUCGACUUGGAUGACACCUUUGAGCAGAAAAAUGAAAUCGCAAAAGCUGUGGAAGAAGAGCUUGAGAAGGCUAUGUCAGCUUAUGGAUAUGAAAUUGUUCAAACACUGAUCGUUGAUAUAGAGCCAGAUGAGCAUGUGAAGCGGGCUAUGAAUGAAAUCAAUGCAGCUGCAAGAUUGAGGAUGGCAGCAAGCGAUAAGGCAGAGGCAGAGAAGAUCUUGCAAAUUAAGCGAGCGGAGGGCGAGGCUGAGUCUAAAUAUCUCUCUGGGCUGGGUAUUGCUCGCCAGCGUCAAGCCAUUGUAGAUGGUUUGAGAGACAGUGUGAUUGGAUUUUCGGUUAAUGUACCAGGGACAACUGCAAAAGAUGUCAUGGAUAUGGUCCUUGUCACUCAAUACUUUGACACUAUGAAAGAAAUUGGUGCUGCCUCCAAGUCUUCUGCUGUAUUCAUCCCACAUGGACCUGGUGCUGUUCGUGAUGUCGCUAGCCAAAUUCGUGAUGGACUUCUCCAGGGUUCUCAUUCUCAUCAGUAGCUUCUAUUCCUCCUACAUCAUAUCUAAUUUAUAUGGAGUGUGGUGCUUUUUUAAUGCUUUUGGUUGUAAUCGUUUUUUUUUUUUUUUUUUUUAUGGUGAAAAGGGGCAUAACCCUUACUUUUGGUUGUAAUCUGUAUAUGUGGGAUACAAAUUCAAUGCUGUAGCAUAACCACACAGUUUGACGCUGUAAGCAAUCAUGUCCUUUGAUUGGAAAUUGGACGGCCCGGAUCAGUUACAGCUUCUUGUUGUUACCGUGGGAAAUCCGAUUUUGUAUGUGUGUGUAUAUUAUAUAUAUCUUUUUUUUUUAAAGCAAUUAUAUAUAUCUUUUUGUAUCA